AUGAGCAAUUGGGAAUGCAUUGAGCUGCUCAAUGAGUUUAUUGAUGAAAUCGAUCCGGAUCUUGAUGAGCCCCAGAUCGAGCACCUGUUACAGACUGCUGAAGCAAUCAGGAAGGAUUAUCCCGAUGAGGAUUGGUUGCACUUAACUGGCCUGAUUCAUGAUCCUGAGAAGGUUGUCAUGGCACGAGGGACUGAGCGUGGGCGAAAUCGGAGACCUACUCGAUUUGCGGAUGGCUCUAGUGCUUGGGAGCCAGCUAUGCAACAAGAAAAUGAUCCACCCUCAUCGGAUGAUGAUGCACCACAACAAGAACAUCCUACUGAGCCUGCAGAGGUCACUCCCGGGGAAGAAACUCCAGGAGAACCUGAAAUUUAA